CGAUGUCUAAAUACAAUAAUGAAUGAAAAUGAGGGCAUUUCGAAGUGAACAAUCAACUGUGUGUAUGUGCGAAUGAGAGCGCACUGACAGCUCACUAGAUUAGGGCCAAGCGUUCUGAAACCAUCUUAGCAAUUUAUUGUUUAAAACAAACUAAGUUCUGAAUAAAACCCAGACACUUUUCCUUAAAGCUAUUUCCUAAUAAUAGUUAUUAACAAUGGAACAUACAAGAACACUAUAUGUAUUUUCGAGUUAUAUUUGAAUUUAUUGUUCUCGUGACAUAACGUAAACAAUUAGUUUUAGAACGCCGCACCACUCCUUGCGGUUUCUUUUGUGAUCUCCAGUAUUUUUUUGCAAAAAAUAAAUAAUUAUAUUGUGUAAAAUUCGUUGAAGGUGAAAAAAUGUGUUCUUUAUGGAAUUGUGCUUUUCUAUUGUAAGCAUAAAAUGACGUAACCAUGUCAGGCGGCAACUCAUCAAAGGGCAAGUCCCACGCCCGCCACUCCGGCUGGGAGGAGGCGGGGGGAGAGUUCUACCAAGAGUUAUACCCUGGAGCUGAGCAAGAAUUAUUUGACAAUCUACAGCGAGCCGAUGCCAACAAACUAGCGACACUAUUGCCUUCAAAGCAGGCGAGAACAACGACAGUGAAACGCGUACGGUCUCAGAAUGAACGAAGACAAUCCACCUACGCGCGCACCACUCAGAGCCGAGACAUACAUCUGUCUAUGUUGCCCGACCUAUCAGAGAACCUGUCAAAUGAGGAACGGACAUGGGAGGAGAUCAUGCAGAUCAAGGCCAUGCCGGUGCCCAUGAGCCAAAAGAGGGACCUCAAGGCCAGGCUACAGAACGCUACAAAACUCCGCCUCGUGGGCUUCGAGCAGCUCCAAUGGCGUCAAAGAAAAGUAUGGCAUCGCUUCCGCAUCCGGUUCACGGAAAUUAUGGGCAAACUGGAACUUUGGCAGUCCCCCAUGCGAGAGAUAGAGGGCAGCUUCGGCACUGGUGUGGUAUCGUACUUCCUAUUCCUACGCUGGCUACUAUUCCUAAACCUAGUAAUAUCACUAGUUGUAGUCACCUUCCUAAUAUUACCAAAGACUUUACUAGUCGAAGACACUCAAGAAUGUAAUGAGGACUUCCCUAAUUCCACGGAGUGUUGUUCCGAAGCGUAUUUGGAAAAGAAUUUAACUGACAGUAAUAUUUUUUUCGAUGUAAUACAGGGCACUGGAUGGAUGGAAAGAACAAUUUUGUUCUACGGUGUAUAUAGCAACCAAAUAUAUACGUACUUUUUAGAAGGUUUGUUGAAUUCACGAAUGUAUUAUAACAUGCCAUUGGCGUAUAUAUUAGUACCUAUAUCUUGGGCGCUGUUAUCUUUGAUAGCAAUAGUCAAAACCGGAGCGAAAGGAUUCAAAGAAAGGUUAGUAGAAAGCGAGGGACAAUUCUACAUGUAUUGUAACCUGGUGUUUGGUGGGUGGGAUUUCUGCAUACAUAAUGACAAGUCGGCGAAAAUAAAACACAAGGCGAUAUACAACGAAGUCAAGGGAUGUCUUGAACAGGAGAGGUUUAAAGAAGAAAAGCAACUUAGAAGCAAAGAGACUCAGAUAUUAUUGCAUUUGAAACGAAUUUUUAUCAAUUUAAUCGUUUUUGCCAUAUUAAUAGCGUCUGGUAUACUUAUCUAUCUAACAUUUAACUAUACUAUAGAUAAACUCGGCGAGUUAUUAAGCGACUCGAAUUUGUCAUCGAAUUUCGACGCUGCUAACGCGACGCAAGCGCAACCUAUAACCUUAAGGCUAUUCAGAGAAGGAUCAUAUUCCUUUAGCCAAUUGCAAACCACUUUACUCGAGUUCCUUCCAUACAUUUGCAUCGUCGCUUUGAACAUUAUUGUACCAGAACUCUUCAGUUAUUUAAUCAAAUUUGAAGAUUAUACGCCAGCUAGUGUUAUAAUAGUAACAUUGCUCAGAACAGUCCUGCUCAGACUAUCUUCAUUAGGCGUUCUUUUAAGCCAAAUAUAUCACAGAAUCACGGGGAAACACGGUGGAGUCUGUGCAUAUAAUAACGAUGAUUCUCUAGCCUUAGAAUGCUGGGAAACAUACGUAGGCCAACAAUUAUACAAGUUGAUACUUACCGAUUUCGCGUUGCAAUUCUUCACAACCUUCUUUAUCAAUUUACCUAGAGCUUUCAUAGCACGCCAUACUGUUAGUCGAUGCUUUAAAAUCAUUGGCGAACAAGAUUUCUACUUACCAAAACAUGUCUUAGACAUAGUUUAUACACAAACUAUCAUCUGGAUGGGUACUUUUUUCUGUCCAUUCCUACCGAUAAUGGGGACUGUGUUUUACUUUAUAAUAUUCUACGUGAAAAAAUUCACUUGCUUAGUAAAUUGCACGCCUUCCCCUGUUGUAUACAAAGCGUCUAAAUCUAAAAGUCUUUUCAUGUCAGUGUUACUUCUAGGUUUCGUUGUGUCUAUCGUCCCGGUCGCUUAUUCUAUCGCUGAAAUAUACCCUUCAGUUAACUGCGGGCCUUAUAGAGGUUUGACAACUGUCUGGUCAUUCGCUGUAAGCACUUUUGUUAACUUACCGCCCGCUAUAAGAGAAUUCGUGUUUUUCAUAGGAACGUCAACUUUUGCGAUCCCCGCGUUCGCUGUAAUGCUAUUCGCUUUAUACUACUACUGGGCUGUUGCGGCAGCUAAUAGACAUAUGGUAGUAGUUUUAAAGAAUCAACUAGUCCUAGAAGGGCAUGAUAAGCAGUUCUUGCUGAAUAGAUUGAGCGCUUUCAUUAGACAGCAUCAAAAAAGGUGUGAGAGGAGGAACAGAGCGAGUUUUGCAGACGAUGAUUCGUCUAUUAGGCAGAGUUCUAGGUAGUCUGGUUUUGAAGCGACGUUAGGACUUAUUGUACAGUAUUGUUACGCGGCUGGCGCUAAAAUAUCUACACACAAUUGUGUUAAAGUCUGUCUAAGUUUUUAGUCUUGGACUUAAUUUGUUGAGCCAUUUAGGGUUUACUUUACAUUGGACAUUUCAUGUGAGAGUCAGAAUGGCGGGUGUACCUAAAUAAAAAUAAAUAAAAAAAAGCUUACCAUAUUUGGGUACCUAAUUUGUAGUAUUUAGUGCAAAAAAAAUUAAAGUUACCAAUAAAUAACAGUACACCCGCCAUCCUGACAGUCAGAAUGGCGGGUGUACUUUAUUACGCUAUGUUCCCGCGAAUAUUGAUAAAUUCUAUAAAAACCCAGUUUUUGUAUCUUUUCUGUACCUUCAUAUUCAAUUAUAAUAUGAGCCAAUUAAUUUGUGGUUUCCAAGUUUUACUCAAUUUACAUUUUGUUUGCUAAAAUUACACUUUUGCAGGCACUAUAAUUUUUCACCUUAUCGAUUUUAUUUUUAAGAAAAAAGGCUACAAUUAUUUUUAUUACGCCAGGAAUUAGUACCUUUCACGUUCAUUCUGAUCAGUUCAAAAACUCAGAAAAUUAUGUCAUAAAAAGGGUCAUGUCAAAGAUCCCUUCUAAGAAAAACCAUGUACUGAAAAGUUC